AUGGCCAGUGGUAUCGAAGAUAGAUUCAGUUUCGACACAGUACAGGCGGUAACUUGUACUAGCUCCCCACAAGAAAAAUAUUACAUCUAUUCACUAGUAGCUGUGAAUAUUCUUCUCGUCCUUGCUGCAUCGUUGGGCAACGCUCUGAUCCUUGCUGCCCUUCCGAAGGUAUCUUCCCUCCAUCCUCCGACGAAACUCAUGUUUCAAUGUCUUACAGUUACCGAUCUCGGCGUUGGAGUGAUUGCACAACCUGUCUUCAUCAUCCACUUGAUAUCAACGGUACAUGAACGAAUGCAACUUUGUUACACCGUGGUAGCAAUCAACGAGGUCGUUGCAGGGAUCUUGUUAGGAGUCUCUUUGGUCACAUUAACUGCAAUAAGCAUCGACAGACUACUCGCUUUGUCUUUGGGAUUGCAGUACAGGCACAAGGUAACUUUGCAGCGAGUCCAGGCAAUGCUGAUUUUCGUCUGGUUCUUAAACAUUUCUUUAAGCAUUGUGAGGAUGUUUUGGAAUUACUUUGUAAUAUCAACGGUAAUUUCUGCAGCCAUCUUUUCAUCCCUCUCAAUUUCUGCUUUCUCUUAUGCAAAGAUCUUUUUAACACUCCGUCGUCGAAAUGCAAUGCAAGAGGACAUUGUCCGGCAAGAACAACCGAACUCGGAAGAGGGAAUGAAUCGACCAUUGAACAUAGCGCGAUACAGAAAGACAGUGUCAACAGCAUUAUACGUACAGUUAUCAAUGAUAGCUUGCUAUCUUCCUUAUGGCAUAAUAAGCUCUAUACAGUAUGAGAAGGGCUACUCUCCAUCGAUCAACCUUGCUUCUUUGUUAGCCGCAACUCUCGGCGGCUUAAAUUCAACUUUGAACCCAAUUCUUUACUGUUGGAAGAUUAACGGAGUGAGACAGGCAGUUAAAAAUAUGGUUAAACAGUGGUUUAAUUUCUUGUCGAGUUAG